UCCUUCCUCUCUUCGCUCUUCCCGGCUAAGGUAGGGGCCGACGAGAUCCGAACAGCGAGAGGACGCCCACGACCACCAUGGCACGGUUGGUCGGCAACGUGAGGGAAUCCGAACGAAGAGAGAACAACACCAAGAUCCAGGAGCUCGCUCGCUUUGCCAUCGACGAGCACAACAAGAAACAGAAUGCGCUUCUGGAGUUUGCGCAUGUUGUGAAGGCGAGGGAGCAAGUUGUCGCUGGAACUCUACAUCACUUGACGGUGGAGGCAGUUGAGGGAGGGGAGAAGAAGCUAUACGAGCCCAAAGUGUGGGUGAAGACAUGGCUUAAUUUCAAACAGGUUGAAGAAUUCAAGCAUGUUGGCGAACAAGGUAAAUCUGGCGUCAAUUCUUAGCGAUGGAUUUGGGUUCAAUUCCAUCAAUAAAUAAAAUGAAAAAUAGUAUUUUGAGUAUCAAAUUUCUAUCCUCAUCACUGUGCUCUAUA